GAAAUAUUUCAGAAUAAAUAUUAAAGAUAUAGAUUCCCAAUUAUUAAUUUUAGAAAAUUUACAGAGUGCUUUGUUACAGUCCAAUCUUUCUUUGCGAUUUCUAAGUUUAGUCCAAAAACAAAGCUUCUUUGCAAUCCCGCCGGUCAAUUUGGUCUCUGGAGCAGCACAUUGUUAGUUCUCAUAUGGAAGACAGAACAGGAAGCAAUCGUCCUACUAACCAGCAGGCUAAGGCAAGGGUGAUGGCACGAGAAGCCAUAGAGCAGAAACUGGAGCUGCAAUUUGUUGGUCUUGAGCGACCAAUCAAGGAGAUUGUUGUCUGGCGUCAUGCUCGUCAUACCAUUUGUGAGUUGAAUUAAAUUUUAAAUCCCUCAUCUUUUUAGGCUAUGCACCUCAAUGCUUCCAUUCCUUGAUCUUCUCUUGAUUUCCUGCAAUCAAAUUGAAACCCUUAUUAUGUUUGUGCCUAGGGUGAUACUAUGUAUAUUCCAAUAUUUACUUGUGCUCUAACAUAAGUUUGUUCAUGAGUGAUGUUUGUUAUUUUAUUUUGAAAUGUUAUGAUAAAAAGUUCGUUUUAUUUUUUAUGAACCUUAAUAAUAAAUUCAAUACAUAAUCUUUUUAGCAUCCAUCAAGUCACUGAACAUAGAACAAUAAGUGAAAAUAUAACCCAUGGCUGCUGCCAAAGUAAGUGUUUCCAAUGUGUUGUUAUUGGCACAUCCUAAAGUGUUUUCAACUAUAUUCCGUUCAAGUUAGUAUGAAUGGUGUUAUUAAAAAUCCAUUUAUUGAAGCCAUGUAAAAGACAAAAUGAAAUAUUUUACAGUGACACUAAUACUACUUAAUUGUGAUAUUACAAGCAAUAAUUUACAAAGCAGUGA